AGUAUCGCGGGAGCAGCACCAGGCGGCCCCGGCCUCGCGGUGCUCGGAUCCUCUCUCUUCACAGCCAUCGCUUCUGUGUUACCAUGGGAAUUCAAGGCCUUGCCAAACUAAUUGCCGAUGUGGCUCCCAGUGCCAUCCGGGAGAACGACAUCAAGAGCUACUUCGGUCGCAAGGUGGCUAUUGAUGCCUCCAUGAGCAUCUACCAGUUCUUGAUUGCCGUUCGUCAGGGUGGGGAUGUGCUGCAGAAUGAGGAGGGGGAGACCACCAGCCACCUGAUGGGCAUGUUCUACCGUACCAUCCGCAUGAUGGAGAAUGGCAUCAAGCCUGUAUAUGUCUUUGAUGGCAAACCACCACAGCUGAAGUCAGGUGAGCUGGCCAAACGCAGUGAGAGACGAGCUGAAGCCGAGAAGCAGCUGCAGCAGGCUCAGGAGGCUGGGGUAGAGGAGGAAGUGGAAAAGUUCACAAAGCGGCUGGUGAAGGUUACCAAGCAACACAAUGAUGAGUGCAAACACCUGCUGAGUCUCAUGGGCAUCCCAUACCUUGAUGCACCCAGUGAGGCAGAGGCCAGCUGCGCUGCCCUUGUGAAGGCCGGCAAAGUUUAUGCUGCAGCCACCGAGGACAUGGACUGCCUCACUUUUGGCAGCCCUGUACUAAUGCGACAUCUGACAGCCAGUGAGGCCAAGAAGCUGCCCAUCCAAGAGUUCCACCUGAGCCGAGUCCUGCAGGAGCUGGGUUUGAACCAGGAGCAGUUUGUAGAUCUGUGCAUCCUGCUGGGUAGUGACUACUGUGAGAGUAUCCGGGGCAUUGGGCCCAAGCGGGCUGUGGACCUCAUCCAGAAGCAUAAGAGCAUCGAGGAAAUCGUGCGGCGGCUGGAUCCCAACAAGUACCCUGUUCCAGAAAACUGGCUCCACAAGGAAGCCCAGCAGCUCUUCUUGGAGCCUGAGGUGCUCGACCCAGAGUCUGUGGAGUUGAAGUGGAGCGAGCCCAAUGAAGAAGAAUUGGUCAAAUUCAUGUGUGGUGAAAAGCAGUUUUCUGAGGAGCGAAUUCGCAGUGGGGUCAAGAGGCUGAGUAAGAGCCGCCAGGGCAGCACCCAGGGCCGCCUAGAUGAUUUCUUCAAGGUGACUGGCUCACUCUCCUCGGCUAAGCGCAAGGAGCCAGAACCCAAGGGGCCUGCUAAGAAGAAAGCGAAGACUGGGGGAGCUGGGAAGUUCAGAAGGGGCAAAUAAACAUGUCCUCCCCCUCCAUUGUCCCCUGACUCCAGGGUGUCUGCUUUGCACCUCAGCUAAAACACUCCUCUUCUGGGAGUCUGCUGCUUCCCAGAACUGCUCUCAGAGCCUUGCCUUUCUUACUUGGCAGGAAGGCCACAGCUUUGCUUUUCCUCAUUUUUAGCUCAGGAAUGAUGUCAGACUCAAACCACUCCUCAGGCAGGUUAAUGGACACUGCAUCCAUUGUUCUGUGAAACUGAAAGCAACACUUUUUAAAGGAAGAAGGAGAUAAGGAUGGUUUGGGGUGGGAGUGUGGGGAGAUAAUUUCCUGGCUGGCCAGCUGGUGGAUGGGAGAUGACUGUAGACCUUGACUGCUCUUUCCGCAGCCCAGGCUUUGCUGAUGGAAGAGCUGCAAAGAGAAGGGGCGAGAGCAGAGAGGAGUCUGGCUGACAAGGCUGAUUCCUGACUAGCUGUGUCUGUGGGCAGAAACCUGAACUUGCUAUCUGGUGAGUCUGCAGGAACUUUUCAGGGCAGUGAAAAAGCAGUGUUUUAGGUUUUGAAUUGUAGUUUUGUUUUUGUUCCAUUUUCCUCUCCAGUGCUGGGAAUUGAACCCACAGCAAGGCAAGCAAGCAUACCUCUGACCUGUAGCCCCAAGAGACACUGUCCCAAUGGCCUUUUUGAGGCAAUCAAUUGAAUUGAGGUUUUGGGAGAAGAAGCUGUUGUUCAUGUGCUAUUUCUGUUUUAAAAGAUGUGAA